GAGAGGGGAGGGCGGCUCGGCCCGGCUGAAAAGGAGGGCUCGCCCGGCGGCCCCCACCCUCGGUCCUGCCCCGCGGGCGUCCCGCAGCAUGGCGCUGUCCUGGAGGAGCUGGCUGGCCAACGAGGGGAGCAAGCACCUCUUCCUGUUUUUCUGGCUGUCCCUCAAUGUCUGGCUCUUUGGGAAAACCUUCCUGCUUUAUAAUCAAGGUCUACAGUAUUAUUAUUUGCAUCAGAUGUUAGGGCUAGGAUUGUGUAUAAGCAGAGCUUCGGCAUCUGUCCUCAAUCUCAACUGCUGCCUCGUCCUGCUCCCAAUGUGCCGUGUCCUCCUGGCUUUCCUGCGGGGAUCCCAGAAGGUUGCCAGCAAGAAAACCAGAAGGCUGCUAGAUAAAAGCAAAACUUUCCAUGUCACAUGUGGUGUUACAAUAUGCAUCUUUUCAGCCUUACAUGUUGCUGCUCAUCUGGUGAAUGCUCUUAACUUCUCUGAGAACUACAAUGAAGAAUUUGUGACCCUAAAUGCAGCAAACUAUCGUGGUGAGGACCCAAGAAAACUACUUUUUGCAACUGUUCCAGGUCUGACUGGAGUCCUUAUGGUGUUAGUGUUAUUCCUGAUGUGUACAGCUUCCACAUAUGCCAUCAGGGUUUCAAACUAUGACAUCUUCUGGUAUACACACAACCUUUUCUUUGUCUUCUAUAUGCUGCUGAUGCUGCAUGUUUCUGGGGGAGUGCUCAAGUUCCAGACCAACUUAGAGGAACACCCUCCUGGUUGCUUUAAUCCUAACAAAACACUCCGACAGAAUCUGACUGUGCCAAAGGCCUUUGAAGAGCUUUUUCCUGACUACACCACUGAGCCUUUCCCAGAGGACCUAGCAGCACCAGAACCCUUUGUACAAAAUAGCUUUAUGAGGGUUUGUUCCGAGGAACCCAAGUUCCAGUCGCACUUCCCAGAGACGUGGUUCUGGAUUUCCGGACCUCUGUGCCUGUACUGUGUGGAGCGGCUGUACCGCUACAUCCGCAGCAAUAAACCAGUCACAAUAACCUCGGUAAUCAGCCACCCCUCCAACGUCCUGGAAGUCAGGAUGAUAAAAGAGGACUUUGAAGCAAGGCCUGGUCAGUAUGUUAUUCUCCACUGUCCAAGAGUGUCUGCCCUGGAAAGCCAUCCAUUCACUCUUACAAUGUGCCCUACAGAUACCAAAGCAACGUUUGGGGUCCACCUAAAAGUAGUAGGAGACUGGACAGAAAGAUUUCGGGAUUUACUGCUUCUGCAUUCAAAUCAAGAUACAGAGAUUCUGCCCAUCUUUCAGCAGAGACGCUAUCCCAAACUGUAUGUGGAUGGACCUUUUGGAAGUCCCUUUGAGGAAUCCCUGAACUACGAGGUCAGCCUCUGCGUGGCUGGAGGUAUUGGGGUUACACCAUUUGCAUCUGUGCUCAACACGCUGCUUGACGACUGGAAAUGCUACAAGCUUAGAAGGCUCUACUUCGUUUGGGUGUGCAGGGACAUUGAGUCUUUCCGCUGGUUUGCAGAUCUGCUCUGUAUGUUGCAUAACAAGCUUUGGCAGGAGAAUCGGCCAGACUAUAUAAAUAUCCAGCUGUACCUCAGUCAAACAGAUGGAAUACAGAAAAUAAUUGGUGAAAAAUAUCAAGCUUUAAACUCCAGGCUUUUGAUUGGGCGGCCCCGGUGGAAGCUCCUGUUGGAUGACAUAGCGAAGUGCAAUAGGAGGAAGACUAUUGGAGUUUUCUGCUGUGGACCAAACAAAAUCUCUAAGAUACUUCAUAAACUGAGCAACAGCAGCAAUUCUUACGGGACAAGGUUCGAGUACAAUAAAGAAUCCUUCAGCUGAAAGUCUGUUGGAGCAAGACUCUCUAGAAGAUAAAAGUGCAAUUUUUUGUAUGUAAAAGUUCAGCUGUGGUUUAAACAGACAGAAAUGUACCAAAGAAUAGCACAAAUGUUUUUAUUUAUGAUUAUUUAAGACUCGUGGAUGCAGCAGUAUACCAACAAAUAACCAGUGCUUUUACUCAAACGCGCUCACACAAUAUUUGUGGUGGGAGUGAUUGUUUGGAUUUGUUUCUGUUAAUUAAAAAGUACAGAAGCUGGGGAGAGACCCAAUUGCUUUAAAAGCUGAUGGAAGAAGAAUCUGUGGAAUGUUUGAACUUCUUCCACUUCACUCCUCUGAAGCUGGAUCGGUAAAUGAAAUCCCAGGUUAAUCCAAGUGGCAAAACUGUGUAUUGCAAAGACUCUUGCUUUUCUUGGUAUACAAAUCUUAUGGCUUUGGGGUGAAAAUACUCCAUAUUAAAGAUUUUAUUAUGCAUUGCAGAACUGGGAUUCUGUACUUAAAAUAUAGAGUGUUACUCUUGCUAGUCUACUUCUGUAAUGAAGUUAACCUAAGGAAAAGUGAGCACAGUUGUGUAGCAGCAGUGGGCAGCCUCUGUCUGCUGUGAUGUUAGUCACAGCCUUUGGCAAGCACACAUCUGUACGUGGAGAACUCUGUGUCUUGCAUCAAUUCAGCAUUUGGUGAGUUUGCGAAAUAAUUAUGAUUUAUGCAGCAAUAAAGAUGGAACAAGAAAAGCAAUGAACAGGAGCAGGCAGAAUCUGGAGUUUUAUUAUAUCACACACUCAUCAUGGAAGGUACGCUCACUCUGCACUCACAUGACCUGAAUGUCAAAUACUUCAAGCUUUCAGAUGCUCUGACUGAUUAUUUUACAACACAGCAUGUUGAAAUCCAGUUUUAGAGGUCCCAGAGUAUGUCUGGUUGACUGUGAUCCUCUGGGUGUGUUCUCUGGAGCCACCCUUGUUUGCUCUGGUGCCACUGAAAGCAGGGUGACACCAGAUCUACAGCAGAGUGAGAACAAACCCCUCAGCUCUGUGGCUCCUUGGAUGAUGUGUGCAGAUAGAAACAUUGCAGGAGCUGCAGUAUGUUUUCAGUUCAUUCCAUAGAGGAAGAUAUCAAAACAUCCCAAUUUUAAGCUCUCCUUCCCUUCUCUCCUCAGCUGUUUUCUGCCUGUACUUGCCAUGGGAGAGCUAAAGGUUGAAACUGGUACUUCAUAAACUUUUGGUUCUGAGAAGCACCUUUUUUUCUCCAUCUAAAUAACCAAUCCAACUUCCUUUAUUUCUUCUUUUCUCCCUUUUUCUUGCUUUGCUGAGAUGAAGGCAUUUAAACAGGAACCAGACACUUAGCUGGCAUAAAUAGGCAUCACUCUAGUGUCUCCUAAUAGAGCAGCAUCACUUUACAAUGGUGAAAACUUUCCCCCUGAUCUCCAAGAAAAGCUUGGGAGCAGUGUAGUUUUUGCAGCAUACACAGGGGAGGCAGACAACUCUUGUGCCUGUGGUUCACCUGUAUUUAGGGAGGUGCAUUUGAUUUCAUUUACAUCUUUCCAAUGAAUACCGUUUUUAUUUUAGUGGGAAAGGCACUAAAUUUCUGCUCGAGACACAGACUCCGUACAGGAGUUUGCAAGUAUCAGUGUGAGUGUUCAGAGGGAAGCAUUUUCUAGUAGGUGGUGUAUAGGCAUACUGAAUGUUUAUCUAGUGAGAAUGAGUUUGGUCUUUGUCCUGGCAGCUUCUGCUCAGGAGUUGCGCUCAGUCACCAACAGGGUGGAGGUGCAUCAGUGGAGCCAUGUGGGAAUGUGCUCCUCAGUGUCCAGACUUGGCACUGAAGUCUUUACCUCUGGCUCUGCCCAAUUUGAAAUCCAGGGAGGAAGGGAAGAACCAGAGAUAGACGAGUUCCUACUGAUGAAAAUUCUCAAAGUAGUAGAUGAGAGAAGCCAAAAUAGAAAUGCAGUAAAAUGGGAGCCUACAUUACAGCUACUGAUUUUAUGUUUUUUUCUCUUUGAGGGAAGGGACCAUUAUUUUCCUACUGAAUAUGGUUCAUCCAUCACUGUAAAACUGGAGGUGUGCAGCAAAGGAUUAGAUUCUUUUUAAUCAGUAAGAUUUAUUUCUAAUACUUCCUGCAUAGAUUUUAUAAUAAACAUAAAACUGUUGGCAAAAUGCAUAGAUACUGGAUAUUGUAGGUCCUGCAUACUUUUUUUGUUUUCUGACUGUUUAAAGCGUGAUUGAAAUCGUGCCUGCAUCUGUUACCCCCAACUAGAAAGUGAUCUCCUCUUGUUUUGAGAUCUAGUAUCUCAUGCUUUUCAAGUACAGUUUAGAGUCAUCUAAUCACUAUGUUGUUUGUGGUUUUACAUCUCCUCUGACAGAUAUCAGCUCCAUUACCAUAUAAUGAGCAGCUAGUUUUGCAGUUAGCUCUGUGCUAAAGCAGAUUAUGCUUUCUGGCUCAGCUUCUGUAUGGGGAACACUUUAUAAUUAAAAUAGUAAUACUAGUACUGUGCUCUUAAUCUGCAUUGUUGCAGGAGCUGAUGCUGUUUGUAGGCAUGUUAAACACAUAUUGUUACAUUAAGCAGUGCUGUCACAGCAAGAUCAAAGCAGAUCCAGGCUGUCCUCUUUCUCUCUUUGAGCUGUAUCCAACUCAGCUGACUCACUUGUAAAACAAGCUCUGGACUGUCUAUCUUUCUGGAGUGUUUUGAGGCUUAAUUAAUGUUUUGGGAUCACUUUGGUGCACAAGCAGUGGAAAGAUCUGUCUAAAUUGCUAUGCAAAUGUGCUUGUGUUUUAUUUUGGGCAAACCUUUCUGUUGCUGAUUUGAGUAAUUGCUAGACCAGGUGAAGAAUAGUUUGGGGAAAGCCUAAAACCCUCAGUUACUUUUUUCCUUUUCCUUGAGUUGUGCUUCUGUAAGAGAGGCAAAAGGUUUAAGGAUUGUUGAGAGACUGUGACUGUGACUUGGCUUCAGGAGUGGCAGAUAUGAUGAUAAACACAAUCUUUCUAUAGACUAUGUUGUCAUUGCUCUUUCGGAGUGUGUCUGCUGCUUGCAAAACAGUGUCAAGCCCUCUUUUAAAUUCCAUUGCUUUUAUAUCUAAAGCCAAGUGUAUGUAAAAAUAUAACUCAGUGCCAGAAAAGUAAGUGAAGGCUGACAGCACUCAAUUCCACAUUUGCAGAUCAAGUGGAUUUGCGUAAUUGAGCAUCACUUUGCACUUUAAAUUGUGUCCUGUGAGUCUGUCAUAAGUGUCCUGCUGGCAGGGGAAGGAUCCCAUCCUGUAUUCUCCCAAUUUUCACUCAGUCUUUCACAAAGCUGCAGACUUUGCAGUGUUUGUUCAGCAGGAUCUUUGUGUUUUAUUCAUAGAAUGGUUUCUGAAAAGAAGGACUCAUUUUUUAACACCAGGAAUGUCUGGUCUUUCCAUACCAUGACAAAAACCAAGCCCUUUCACUGAAACACUUGUGCAGCAGUGUGGGACUCAGGGCUUUACACAGCUAACAGCAGGAUUAAUCAGAUGUACCCACAACCUAAUCCCCUAUGACUGAGAUUACUUGUAUGAGUAAAUGUCCACUGCCACAAGAAAGAACAGCAGAGAGGAGCCCUGAUGUUGGUGGGAAGGCCUGGUGGGGACUGACCUUCACCACAGGAGUCUGCAGAAUGGUCUGUCCCUCCACAGUGGAUAUUCCAGCCCUGUGUUUACAGCAACACUUCCCUGUUUCACUGUGUGGUACUACUACUAGCAUGUGAGUUCUUCCUUGUCUUUUUUCUCUUCUUCUAGCCUCUAGCUAGAAGGUGGCAAAGAGAUUUGAAGCUGGCUGAGAGAGGGCAGACAGUGCAUUAAGUAGCAGGCCGGCUGUGUUGGGAUUCAGUAAUUCAGCUGUAACAGCCUAACAGAGCAGAGAAGUAAGGGUUUAGUAGGACUUGGAGAGCAGCGGCCUAAGAGAAAUCUCUACUUAACAUUUAAUGCACUGGGUUGUACUUUCAAACCACAAGACAUGGCUUAGGGGAAGAAGACAUGAGGCUAAAGAGUCAUUGCCUAUAGCAGCUCAAGGAUCAUAAGUCAGAGAAGAGGCAUAGUUAUUAAAAUGCAAUAUUUACUCUCUUGAAAAAUAAAAGGAUUUUUGGGGAGAUUAAUUUUCACUUCCUGGCAAUCAUUUCAUCAACACACAGUUUGAUAUGAGGAAAGGUGGAUCUGUUCUCUGGUUUAUGCAUACAAUUUUUCCACCGAUUUUCCUCAUGAUUUCAACCAGUUUUUAUUGUUUUAGCCAAGAGGAUUUAACAAGAAGGUUUAAUCAAAAUGCUACUGGUGCCUGUGCUGAGCUGAGGUUUUCUGCUAUGAAUGUACAGUUUCAGGGAUAUAUAUACAUAUAUAUAUAAAUAUAUAAAAAAUAUAGCUGAUGACUCAACUGUGAACUGUGAUUUGGGACUUGCAUUGUUUCUGCUGCUGGUGUGUUUCAUUAAGGCCACUUCGGUGAUGCACUGGCAAAAUAUAUGGAGCUGAAAUGAGACUCUUCAUUCCCAUAAAAAGCCUGGUAUUUUAGUGCCUGUACUAAGCAUAGUAAAUCCUAGGAACUGAAAUUUCCUUUGUAGGCACAGUAGAUUAACUAGCAUCUUUUAAAGUUAAAAACCCCGAGUCUUCUGCUGCACUGACAUGUAUAAUGAAUGCUCUGACACAAAGGUUUUGAGCAACAAAUGCUUCUCCUUAAAGGACUGGAUGAGGAUAUGUAUAGGUUUAGUAUCCUGCUAAUUGUAUCACCCAUGUUGUAAAAGGGAUGGGAUCUGUUUUGGUACCAAGGGAUGCUGUGCACUUCCUCUGAUGUCAUGAAUAUCUCUAACCUUGCAGUGCGUCCUCAAGGUUUGCUAUGCCUGAAGUGUGAUAUUCUCUAGAGGGAUCCUAUUUGUAAGAGACAGGUGCUGGAUCAGUACUAAGAGCAGUGGAUCUGUCCCAUUAGUACGUGGACACAGAGAGAAAGCUGGAAAAGCCACAUGUCCCAGUUGUAGAUUGCUUUUUAACAGAACCCUUGGAUGAGAGGGAAGGCUGGUCCUGAAGCUCCAGGUAAGCUGCUGUCAACUGAGGAGCAACCCAAGGAGGGCAGGAGAGGAUGAUGAAUGCCAAGAAUAAACAGGGUAAAAUAUUUUGUACCUGGGAGCCAAGGGGAGGGAGGGAGAAGACAUUCUUUUUAGCUUCUCAGUGUUAAAAAUUAAAAGCAAACCCCGUUUUCUAGAUGUAGAUACAGAGUCUCCCUGAGGGUUGAGAGCUAAUGUAUGCAAAUACAUUGCAUUUCCAUGCACAACUCAAAGCUAAAGCCCAGAAGAAAACUAGUAUAUUUUAGCAAACACCCUGGAAAUAAGCAAUUCCUUUGAAAUAAAACCUUUGCUCUUUCAAGUUAACCUACUUCUAAAAGACAUCUACUUCUAAUCUGCAGCUGUGGAAUUGGGAAAUAGCUUUACCUGUUAACUCCUUUUCACCAAAAUACUGGAGUGUGGAGUUCUCUGUGUCAGCUGUAAGUAGCUUUGACAGUUUGAUAAAUAAAUUUUGUGUUUGUUGCUGCUGACCCUAGGAAAGGACAGCCUUGAGGAUGAGAAGCAGUGUUACAUAAAUGUCUAGUGUACAUAGCAACACUGAGCAGGGAGACACUGCUGCAUCGCUUCUGGUGCACCAGUCACUCAUUAAAAUUCUGUCAUUGCAAGGUCAUGUUGCUCAUCUCAUACUCUGCAACCCUGGGGAAGAAAUUCGGAUGAGAGGUGGGGGAGGAAAAGCGAAAACUUCCUCCUUGUGCUGUAACCAAGAAUAUAUUCAUCGACAGCAGGGCACAUGAUUUGAUUUCAAAAGAGCAUGCCAUUUCUUUUUCAGGGAUAACGGGUUUCCUCCUGUGCUGUGUCAUGGUGUUUGCAUGUUGGAAGUGUAACACAGUGAUAACAGAUUGCUUCCCCAUUGAAUAAAUAACGCCUCUGAGCUUUUGCUUCUCCCUUGAAUAGUCUGAGAGAAAUGCAAAAUACCAGAGAGCAUCUAGAGUGGACCGUGUCCUGAGCUGCACUCGGCACAGCCUGGUUAGGAAUGCUGCACAGCAGCUCUGCAGGCUGCUGGGAACAGGCAAGGCUGAGGUUGGAAUCCCCGGAUGGACCAUUCACCUAAAUGAUGAUCCUUGUGGGUCCUUUCCAGCUCAGCCUGUUCUGUGAUUCUGUGUAACUGUUUCAAGGAGAGCACGUCAGUGAUACGGAUCUGUGCUCAGAAGCAGGCCAGGUCACCACACUGGCUGUCACCUCUCUGAGGCACCAUGAGUCUGAGCCAGUCCUAGUGUGCUUUGGCAAAGGGAGAGUCAGGGGCUCUUGGACUGAGCCUGCAGGGUGAGAUGAAAGGUGUUUUAUACAGAGCUGGGGGAGCCUCCUGUGUGCACUUUCAAGCCUGGAGCUCAGAGCUGUCAUACCUGAGGGUGAAUUGUUUAGGCAAUGAGCUGGUCUGACCUUUGGGUACAGCCACAGUUCUAUGCUUAGCUGAAGGUAUGGACAUACCCUAUUUCUUUAGCUUCAUAUGAAGCAUGUUGUUCAGGGACAGGGAAGCAGGUUAUUGCACUUCAUUAGGUGUUAAAAGCUUGAAAGCAUGUACUGUUUAGAACAGAUGAGGAUGGUGAAUGCCAGCUUCCAUCCACAACUGAAUAUACCGUGACCAUUUUUCUGGUAUUCUUGAGGAAUAAAUGGCAAAAUCACUGCAGAGAAGGCACAAAUGCUGCAUUUUUCUUUUAUUGUAUCAGAGCAACAUAAUUACCUGUUAAAAAUAUUUGCUAUGAAUGUGAAGAUUCACUUAUAACAUCAUUCUUUUGACUGUUUAAAUAACAGUUUGAUACACGCUUUUUGACAAAAACAUAAUGCUCUGAAGCUUAAAAAUGAGGCUGAGAUGGAACUUGGCAAAGGAUCUCCACCUGACAGUGAAAUAUCAUUGUCUGUUGGAGCUGGAUGCAUUUGUGCUUCAUUACUCUUGGUCUGCUCCAUCACCAUGGAAGAUUGGAAGGAGCUGAGCUUUCAGAUGCACUCUUCCUCUCUGCAUAUAACUUCAGCCUUCAUCUAGAGGUGUGUUUGAACCUUUAGAUCACUAGAUACAUCACUACCCAUGUAUCACAAUAGUCCUUUUGUGCUCUUUCUCCCUCCAUAGCACAAAUUGUAUUAGGAGCCUUUUCCCACUCUUUGUUUCCCAUAACUCAGGAAAAUGCCAUUUUGGGAAAUGCAGAGGGCCUCAGUUAAAUCUCAGCAUGCACCAGCCUGUGUAAUACUCCUGGUGUGUGCAAUCCAAUGGGGCUCUUCUAGUCCCUUUGAUUAGCUUCAGGGAAAUGAGGGGUGCAGCAUCCCAGUGCUGGAGAUGCCUCUGGAAAUUAGAGGAGGGGCAGUGCUACAAGGGCAGCUAUGUAGAAAGUGGGAAAACUCAUAAGAGCAAAGAUUAUAUCAUCUGCUGAAGAGAAUUAGGGAUUUGGUUUUGUGAGAGUCAGAUCUCUUGUGGCUACCACUGAAAUUAAGUCAUGCUUCUGCUUUCACACGUAGGCAUUUCAGGACACUGGGCAGUGAUGGAAAGGGUUUCUUUUUUCAAUUACAUUUGCUAUUUCCAUACAGCCCCUACUUUAUCAGCUGCAUAUAAUUUCCUUCUUUCACUGAUUAAAUAUUUCCUCGCCUGGUUUCUUUGCUUCUGGGAGCUUGAGAGCUCACUGUUUAUAAAUGGAAAGAAGAAGUAUUGUGCUGUUAAGCAGACAACUCCCAACACAUAUGUUCAGCUCUGCAUCAUUGAGAGGGAGGCCCUGAUGCUGCUGUGAGUGCAGAAGGGCAGAGCUUCACUGAGAUUCAGAUGUGACCAGGACCCUCUUCCAGGCUUCAUGUAUUGAUGAAGCUCUGGGCUUAUUAAUUAGAUUUUUCUGAAACAGGUGCCCUUAGUCCAAGUGUGCCAGGUUGUGAAACCCUUACUCCCACUGAGCUUUUGUCUCUUUGUUCCUUCUGAUCAUUUGCAGGAGCAAAUUUGAUGAAACACAUUUGGGUAAAAAAUGGUUCUCUUGGUCUGUGGUUGUUGAGAAGAAAAGUCAUAAUUGGGGUAUCUUCCCUCAAACUGAUGUCCAAAAAGUAUUUUGAAUGGCCCAGCUAUAUUUGUUCCAUAAUGUGUAUAUGGGCAGUUUCUUUCACGAUCUAUGAUUUUACAUUUUUAAAGUAAAUUUAAUUUCAUUUUCAGAACCAACCAACCAUAAAAAAUCUGAAACAUCUUUUUUACGUUGAAAAUGCUCCUUUGUCCAAAACACAUCUCUUUUAAAAGAAUUCAUCCAAGAUGCUUAGAAGAAGAGUGGAAACUAGCUCAAAAAAAUCGUAUUUUCUAAUAGCAAAGCAUUGUUUGGUUUUGGUUGUUUUUUUUUUUUUCUUUCUGACCUUCAUUAGUGAAAAAGUACAGUUUUGCUUACAGUACUAAGCAACAGUACAGUCUGAGCUUAAGCAAUUCGGUAUCUUCCUUUAAAAGCAAGGCAUCUCUCUAUGAUCAUGUCUACACUGUCAUCUGAACCUUCCAGGCAGCGUGUGUAGCAGGUCUAGACUUGGGUUGCUGUGAAGAAGAAGACAUGAUCCAUUUUGGCUUAUUUUGGGUAAUUAUUUUGGACUCACAAGCUGUGUGAGAGUUUGAUGUGGUAAACAGACAGGAACUGGAGCCACUGGUACAAGUGUGAGUAUGCUGAAAAGACCUUAGCCUGUUAUGCCAUUUGUCAAAUUAAUUAAAAUCCAGUCCCAGGAAGGAAGGCGUAGGCCACAAAGGAAAUUCUUGCUAUCCCCAAAAAGCAAUAAACUGAAAUCAGCUUUCCAAUUUUCCUUUUAAGAAAUGAGCCGUGGAAGUAGUUAUUUACAGUUAACAUAUAUAAUGUGAUUGAAAAAUUAAUGCCUUUUCUGUAGCUGAGGGUCUUAACUUUUUCACUUCUGACCACAUUGUUCUCUUACUCUUCCCUGUCCUGAAAGGAAGAGACCAGCAAAUUCUUUCUGAAUUUCAAGUUCUGUAAUUAUAUAUCUUUUCCACUAGAGGUGAAAUAAAAAUAAUUUAUUAAAAAGGAAGGUGACAUUUACUUUUUAUAUCUCUGUACAAUGUGCAAGAUAACCAUUUUGGAAAGUAUUCUCAUAAAUGUCCACAAUUUUGAGUACUCAAUGUUCUUUUCAGAGGUGCCUGUUUAUAUUAAUGUAAUUUCAAUCUGUUCUUAUGUUUUUAUAGAUCAGGAUGUGGUACAAUUCUUUGAAGAGAAAUGUCUGCUUAGUUUCCAAGUGGAACAGAAAGCAAAAUUUGGCCCUGAAAUUUCAUUUGUAAGUUUUUCACCCAAGGUUGAUUUUAAGGUAAAGAAUAGUACUUAGUGCGUUCUUGUCUAUAAUAAUUCAUACUCUUGCCAUAUGAAACAGCCCAUUUUUGUAGCUUCAGCUUGCUGCCCCCCAACACAACAGAGGAAUUGUGUUUCACUGACUGGAAGGACUUAAAUACGUCACUGUUGUACCUGCAUGCCUCAUAAACCUUCUAGGAGUAAGCAAUAAGCUUUCUGAGUCUGUUCCACUAAAAUGAAGGAAAAUUUUUAACAGUUGUCUAUAUAAUAAGGCAGAACUAGAAAAUUGACCAUUAAAAAAGCUCUGGGUUUUUAUUUUCCUA